CGCUACCUGGACGGGGAGCUGGCCAUGUGGAGAGCCGACUUUGUGUCCCGCACCACCAUCACCAUCUCUGCCUUCGCCGGCGAAUACGACAUCUGCCCCAAGGAUUGCCCCGCUGCCUUCCUGACCUUCCAGCUCUCUGACUGUAUCUUCCAGUUCUCAAAAAUGAACAUCUGCCGCUUAUUGUAUGUUUUUCGGCCUCCCCUGCAUCAGGUCAUGGACCGCUUUUAUAUCGAGGGCUACCAGGACACAAUCUCCUUCCUAAAAAGACUCAGUAAGUGA